AUAUAAUUAAUAAAAAUAAUUAAAAACAAAAAAUAUAUCUAAUUUAAUAUCCAUGGCAUAUACAACUUUCUAAACAGUCCUAUAGUUGUUGAGCUUCGCAGGUUUUUUAGCAUUAGGCAUAUGGAAUUUUAUAUCUAACAUUCUUUAUUAUUAUUCAACAAACUUUAACACAAAUGCUCUAUAAUAAACCUUCAUGCUAUUUCUUUUUUUAUCUGUGCUUAUAUAACUUAUAGCUUGGAGCAAUAUCCUCCUAAAAGUUAGAUUUAAAUAUAAUUAAUAACGUUAUUAAAAUGAACUAUUAAACGCACAAGGUAAUAUAUAAGCUUGGAUCAUAUUUGCGAAAAUAAAAUUCAUGCUUGUCCUAUAAAUAAUUUGGUGUCUGAUUAUAAAUUUUCCAUUGAUAUUAUUCAUAACUAUAUUUUAAAAAAUAAAGAUAUUUCCUAUGAUAUUAUUUGGCUAUACUUAUUUUAAGUAUAAAGCUGUUUUAACAACAGAUUUAAUGCACUCUCUAGAACCAAUCAUGAAUCAAUACUAUAAAAAGAAAUAAUAGUAAUUAUAAUCAUCUUAAUCUAAAAAUCUUUAUACUAACCAAAACCAUUAGGAAAAAAAGAGCGAAGGGGAAAAAUUUUAAUAAAGCAAAUAAGAUGAGAUUUUAGAAAAUGAAAAUUAUCUAGUUGAAAACUAACUUGUAUAAGAUAUUUAAGAUUUUUAAAUAUAGAUGUCUCAUAAAAAAAAAACUAGUGUAAGCCAAAAGAACUAAAAAAAUUAAGCGUUAGAUUAAAUUUAAUUGGGUCCAAUAAUCACCCUUGGUGAAAAUAUUGAUAUAGAAAAUUAGUUGCAAAAUACUUUUUCAAAUAAUUAAAGAAAUAUUUUAUAACCUAAUAAUAGUAAUCUGAGCAAAGGCAAUCAUUAAGAAAAACAUGAUAUAAAAAAAUCUUAAUGUGAAGGGAUUGAUUUAAAAAAUGAUAACAAAAAACUUUAAUAGCCACUAGUUUCAAAAGAAUUAGAACAAAAUAUUAGUAACCUAAAAAAUAAUAAUAAAUUAGAAUCUUUUAGGGAAUCAGGAGAUUUAAUCAAUUUAUAAAAGAUUAAGAUAAAAAAAUCUGAAUCAAAAAUAGAAGAAAAUUAAUAAAAAAACCAAUAAGUAAGCGAUAAUAAUAAAAAUGAUCAAAAAGCCAUGGAUACAGAAAAUAGCUUGUAUUUUGGGAUUAAUUUAUUGAUUGAUGCUAAUAUUGUCCCUAAUCUACAAACCCUUCUGUUCGAUAGAAAUUUACAAAAAUUUUAAGUAAUUAGUGACAUCUAAGAAGCUAUAUUUGAGUCUCUUCCUAUUGCUAUUAUACAGUAUAUAAAUAAUACAUAAAAUAACUCAUGGACUCAAAGUGAUGGAAAAGUUAAUUUGCUUCUCUACACUUUUUUUGCUUCUUCUUGCCUAAGCUUGCUUUUACAUUGUAUAUCAUUAAUAAGUAUUUUAUAUGAUAACGAUAUUUAAACCUUCACUAAAGUUUUGGAUUAUUUAGAGGAAUCUACAACAACUCCUUAAUAAAAUAUUUAAGAAGCCAAUAAAACACAAAAAAAUAUAAAACUAUGUCAACAGUAAACUUAAAAAAUUACCAAAAAUCAACUUGAAAAUUCUAAUUUGUAAACCCUUAAUCAGUAAAGGAAGAAUCUUAAUUAAAAAAAAACUAAUUUUGGUGAUAUUUUCCCUAUGAGAUAAAAUGUCGAAAUAGACACUGUAGAAUAGCUUGAUAAACUAGUCAGAUUAACUGAAAUAGCUUCUAAAAAUAUAAAAAAGCUAACUGUUAUCUUACCUAAUAACAUAUUUUCAAAAAAGCAAAUAUAAGAAAAUCUAGUUUAAUGUUUUUAAAAAUUUAUAAAUAUAUAAACUUUAGAGUUAAAUUUGGAAGGUAAUCAAAUGGGAGAUUAGCUUUGUAAGCUUAUAUUUAGAGGAAUAUUUCAGAAAUUACAAUAAUUAAAAAAUUUAAGACUAUUUUUGGAUGGAAACCAACUCACAAAAGAAGGAAUACAUCUUUUGAAGCGAAUGAUCCUGAGCUGGGAGCAUAGAGAAAAGGGAAAUAUUUCUAAAGUUAUCAUUUCGGAAGAAGUAUUGAUAUUCAAGAAAAGAGACAAGAAAUAAAAUAUUCACCUUGAUGAGACUAAUGAUAUUUCCUUUAAGUAAAAUGGAAAAAAAAGUGUAAGCGAUAAGAACAAUGAUGAAGAAACAAUUGAAGAUAAAGAAGAGUAAGAAGAAGAUGAGAUAUUAUUAAAAUGUUUAAAUAAUAUCGUGAAAAGAAAAACACAUUAAGCUAAGAUAUAUUUUGAAAUUCAUAAAAUGUCUGUUGUAAGCGACUAAGAACUAUUAAUGAUAAACAAUUGCUUAAAGAAUCUUCAAAAGUUAAUUCAUGUAGAAUUGAUAUUAGUUAGUGACUUAUAAGAAAAUAUCAAAGAUCAUCAUAGCAUAUUUUCUUAAAUAAAUAACUCUAUAAGAGAUACAGUCUAAACUUGUUUCUUUUCAGUUAAUGGGAAAAUUUUAAAAUCCAAAGGAACUAAUUUCUAAUGUUAAGAGUCUCAGUAUGGUUAACAAUUUAUAUGGGAAAACUAAGGAUUACCUUUAAGUUACAAUAUUCUAAGAGUUAUCUAGUAAAAUGACCUAUUGUAAAUCAACCAAAAUAGUUCUUUUAAAUUUAACUUUGAUAAUUAAAGGUUAUGCAAAUACGCAAUUAGUAAUAUUAUUGAUACCCUACAUAACUAGGCUGAUUAUAAGAGCUUAAUACUUAACUUUAAUAGAAAUAAAGGAAAUGACAAUAAUGUUUAAUAUCUUACUGAUUCGAUUAAGAGUAUUAAGUUAUCAUAGCUUGGCUUAUAAUUAGCAAACACUGUCUUUAGCGAAAAAGGAUUUUUAAAUUUAUCAUAAUUGAUAAAGUCUUAAAAUUAAAUAGAAGAUUUUACUUUAGAAAUAAGCUAAAAUGAAAUGACAAACACUUCAUGCUAAUUAUUGUGUUAAUCAAUCUAGUCUUUAAGCGAAUUGAAGAAAUUGUAGCUGCUCCUUCAUGAAAAUAAAAUUUUAAAUGAAGGAUAAUAAAUAAUUCUAGAAGCAUUAACAAAAAGCUAAUGCGAGAUAAAGGAUUUGACACUUGAUUUUAGUGCUAAUACGAUGAAUAUUGAAACAUGUAAUUCACUCUCAAAAUUACUUAGCUAUAAAGAGUCAAUAGAGUAAUUAGAGCUGAUCCUUCAAUUCAACAACAUUAAAUCUGAAGGUUUAUAAAAAAUAUCAUAAACUCUUCCCUCCCUCUAAAAACUUAAAAGCUUGUCUUUGGACUUAAAGGGAAAUAAUUUAGAUUCGAAAGGGAUGGAUUAUCUUAGUCAACAUUUAAAAGAAAUGUUUUAACUUAAAGAAUUGAAAUUAGAUUUAAGGUAAAAUGAAUAAAUUGGUGAUUAAGGGCUAGAAAAUCUAUCUAAAGCAAUAGAGUAACUCACAAUGAUUCAAUCAAUUAAGUUGAAUUUAAGAAAAUGUUCAAUCACUCAUUAAGGAUUGAUAAAAUUUAUAGAUAUUAUUUACAAUAGAAAAAAUAUCACAAGUUUCUCUUUAGACAUAUAAGAAAAUAUGCUUUAAGAAACGACAGAAAAUAGAUUAUCUGCUAUAAGAUAAUUAACAAAAUAUAUCAGCUUAUAAGAAGGCAAAUUAGUAAACUUAGAAUUAUACUUAAAUAAUUUAGAACUAACAGAAGAUUGCAUUUUAUGUAUUGCAGGCAUGUUAGAUAAAUUACCUCAACUAUAAAAGCUAUAAAUCGAUUUAAGAGGUAACAAAGUUGAAGAAAAAUUAAAAAGAUAUUUAUUUAGAUCUUUAGCUAGUCUAAAAUAUGAAAAUCCUUUAGUCAUAAUCAGUAUUUGA